AUUCUUCUCUGCAUAAAUUCACCCUUCUUUGAAGUGUAUCAAACUGUUUUAAGUCCUUUGCAACAGCAUGUAGCUCUCAUAGGAACAAAAGGAUUAAUGGUGUUGGAGUUACCUAAACGUUGGGGAAAGAAUUCUGAAUUUGAAGGUGGAAAAUCAACCAUUAAUUGUAGCACUAUACCUAUUGCUGAAAGGUUCUUCACCAGUUCAUCAUCUCUGACCCUGAAGCAUGCUGCUUGGUACCCCAGUGAGACUCUGGAGCCUCAUGUUGUGCUAUUAACAUCCGACAACACAAUAAGAAUUUAUAGUUUGAGUUCACCCCAGACACCUGUGAAAAUGAUAACUCUUUCAGAUGCUGAUGAGGAAACAUUGAGACUUAAUAAGGGGAGAACAUAUACAGCAUUGAUAGGAGAGACUGCAGUGGCAUUUGACUUUGGACCUCUAGCGGUACUUCCUAAGAAUGUAACUGGACAGAGACAGAAAGAGGAUGUGCUGGCAUAUCCUAUGUAUAUCCUGUAUGAAAAUGGAGAGACGUUUCUGAUCUACAUUAAUCUCUUGCACAGCACCAGUAAUCUUGGCAAGCUGCUGGGCCCAUUGCUGAUGUAUCCUGCAGCUGAAGACAAUUAUGGCUACGAUGCUUGUGCAGUUCUCUGCCUUCCCUGUGUUCCUAACAUCUUAGUGAUUGCUACUGAAUCAGGGAUGCUUUAUCAUUGUGUGGUACUAGAGGGAGAAGAUGAUGAUGAACAGAUGUCUGUCAAGUCUUGGGAUUCCCGAGCUGACCUCAUUCCAUCACUCUAUGUGUUUGAGUGUGUUGAAUUGGAACUUGCUCUGAGACUAGCUUCCAGAGAAGGAGAAGAACCUAUAGAAUCAGAUUUCUCCUGUCCAAUGAAAUUGCACAGAGAUCCCAAAUGCUCUUCUCGCUACCACUGCACACAUGAUGCUGGUGUACAUAGUAUUGGACUCCCCUGGAUCAACAAACUACAUAAAUUCCUUGGUUCUGAUGAAGAAGACAAAGACAGUUUGCAAGAGCUUGGGGCAAAUCAGAAGUGCUUUGUGGAGCAUAUCCUGUGCACCAAGCCUCUACCCUGCAG